AUGACCUCAACACCAACUCGAUCUUCAGAUACUACUUCAUCAGAAUAUGAUUCUGAUGAUACUAAUCAAUCAGUACAUUCUGAUGAUACUUCAUCAGAAGACAUUGAAGAAGUUGAUGAAGUUGUAGACAAUGUUGCACAAGGUGAUCCUAUUUGGGAGUGUCAAAUGUGUGGAGCCUUGAUGUGGUAUCAAGAAAGAAAGGAUAAUUCAAGGCAUUCAACUGUACCUAAGUUUCAGUUAUGUUGCGGAGGUGGGAAAGUAAAACUUCCUCUUUUAGAACAACCUCCACAACUUUUGCAAGAUUUGUUAUUUGGAAACCAAUCACCAGCUACCAAAAAUUUCCAAACAAAUAUAAGGACAUACAAUGCCAUGUUUUCUUUUACUUCACCUGGCAUGAAAAUGGAUACUAAAAUUAACAAUGGAAAAGGUCCACCAACUUUAAGAAUGCAAGGACAAACAUGUCACAGAGUUGGAAGUCUGUUGCCUUUGCCAGGGGAUAGUCCUAAAUAUGCUCAGCUAUACAUUUUCGACACUGAUAAUGAAAUAUCAAAUCGAAUGAAUAGCGUCAGGACUAAUAAAGAUAUAGAUGAAGAAAUUGUCAAGAAGCUCAAAUUAAUGCUUGAUCAGAACAAUGUCCAUGCAAAGGUUUUUCGAAUGGCAAUGGAUAUGCUAAAUGAUGUUAAUUUUCAAGAUGUGAAAGUAAAGUUAAUUGCAGACAGGAAAACUGAUGGCAGAAUAUACAACAAACCUACUGUUUCCGAAGUUGCUGCAUUAGUUUUGGGUGAUAUUGACUCUGCUUCACAUAGAGAUAUAAUUAUGCAAGGACAGUCUGGAAAUCUGCAAAGAAUAGAUGAAUUUCAUGCAAGUUACUUGAGUUUCCAAUAUCCUCUCAUUUUUCCAUAUGGUGAGGAUGGAUAUCGGCCAUCAAUACUGCUACGCUUUGUAGAUGAUACAGACAUUACAAAAAAGAAAAAGUUGACAAUUAUGCAUUGGCUAUCAUUUCGACUGCAACGAAGAAAAGGUGAGGCACUUACUUUGUUGUGCUCAAGGAAAUUAUUGCAGCAAUUUAGUUGUGAUGGUUAUACAAUGAUGGAAGCCGAGAGGCUUAAUUGGUUAAGGAGAAAUCAAUCGAAGUUGAGGGUAGGAAAAUACAGACAGAUAGCAGAAACUCCUACCACAAAUAACCAAAGUGGACCAACAUUGAAAGGAAAAAGGGUAGUGUUACCAUCAACAUUUGUUGGUAGUAAAAGAUACAUGGAUCAAUUGUAUUUUGAUGGUAUGGCUAUUUCAAAUGAUCGUCCAGAUAUUGUUGCUAGAGUAUUCAAGAUCAAGUUUGAUGAACUUAUGAAAGACUUGACCAAAAGACAUAUACUUGGUAAAGUAUUAGCAUACAUGUACACAAUUGAGUUUCAGAAAAGAGGGUUACCACAUGCUCAUAUCUUGGUGUUCUUACAUCCAACAAGCAAAUAUCCAACACCUGCAGAUAUAGACAAGAUUAUUUCAGCAGAAAUACCAGAUCCUAAGAUACACAAUGAACUAUACAAUUUGGUCAGGAGUCAUAUGAUUCAUGGUGUUAUACCCUGA